AAUAUAGAUAAAAUCUCACAGACAUUAUGGUAAGUAGAUGAAAUUAGACAACCGAUUUCAAACAGUAUGAUUUCAGUUAUAUGAAGACCAACAGCAGACAAAACGUAUCUCUGGGGAUAACAGAAUAGUGGUUACUCUCAGGGACAAUAUCAAUUGGAGAAGGGCAAAUAUCAACUGGAGAUCUCAGAGGUGGUUUUAUGAGUGUAUACACAUAUGUAAAUAUUCAUUGCAUUGUACAUUUAAGAUUCGUUCAGCUUAUGCACUCUAUUACAUGUGUGAUAUCCCUGAUAAGAUAGUAAAACGGUUUACUAUUUUCAUUUUAAAAAGUACUUCACCUUUUACCUACUGUUCCCCACAAGGAAUGGUAUCAGCCUGCCUCUUGCCUUAGAAAACUUUCUCCACGAUCCUCUGCUCUUGAAGACAUCAGAUUGGGUUUGCACAGUUGGUGCUCUGCUCUUGGGGAAAGAUGCAAGAUAUGCAAAAGAAAACAAACCGUGAAACAUAAGCCAACAGUUCAGAAGCCAAGGGUUCUAAAGCUGAACAAAUAUUUAUGAGGAGCAAACAAAUUAUUUCCCUAAAGAACAUGGUAAAUUUUUUUCAAACGGCCAAAUAUGCAACUACCAACUGUUUCUGCUCCGAGGGUAUUAGAGAAGUCUUUGACUAAUGAAAUCCGCGUUAACCUAGGCUUUUCUCUACAGAAAUAAUGAAGACAGCAGUGAAGAGAUCUAAAUCCCAGGGGAAGCCACUGCAUCCCAUGGUCACUAGGUGGAGCCCUCCGGGUCCGCGCACAUAAUCCCUCAAGGAGAGUCCAGAAGCCGGAAGUGGAAGUGCACGUCCACGGCCGGCAGCCAUGUUAGGUCGCGCUCCUGUCCUGUUUGAAGUCACAGAUGUGGCGCAGGGAGAACUAGUACAGUCUAGGCAGCUGGGGACCUAGGAUGACCAUCUUGCACAUCCUUGCAAUCAUAAGGAAGGAUUCAACUGCUGUUACUAGCUGUGUGGACGGAACAUUAUUCAUCUGCCUCCAGGCUGCCUAGUAGCUCUGUUUCCACUCCCAUCCCUUUUACUUAAGUGGCUUCUUGGGCUUAGAGAGGACAUUAACUUAAACUUCAAGAAGCUGGACCAAGGAAAUGGACUCAGUGGUCGUUGAGGAUGUGGCUGUGGACUUGACCCAGGAAGAGUGGGCUUUACUGGAUCUUGCUCAGAGGAAACUCUACAUAGAUGUGAUGUUGGAAACCUUCAUAAACCUGGCCUCAGUAGUUUCUCGAAACCUUAAUGAUGGAGAAAAUUUAUCUAGUGAAUAUCUAAUAGUGCAGUUCACGAAGAAUGACAGCUUGUUCUACAAAUUAGAAGAAAUCAGCGAAUUGCACGGCAUUGAAGAUCAGCAUGAAAACCAGGGGAGACAUAUGAGAGAGCAUACGGAAGUUAACUUCUGUGAAAGGAACAAAGGCAGUAAGUGUGGAAAAACCUUCAGCCAGACUGCAAAUCUUACUGUGCUCAAAACAACUACUCCUGAAGUAAAUACUUCUGAAUGGCAUGAGUCUGGAAGAACCUUCAUGGAUCAUUCAACAGUUGAACAUCAUAUCAGAUCUCGCAUUGGUUGCGAUACGUAUCAGAGUAAGGAAUGUGGAGAAGCCUACAGUUGUUCCUCUUACCUAAGCACUCAUGUGAGAACUCUUAUUGGAGAGAAACCCUAUGAAUUUAAUGAAUGUGGGGGAGAUUUUUGUAGUUUCUCAUCUUCUCAGAUGCGUGUGAGUGAUCAUACACAUGAAUAUGAAGAAUAUUGGAAAGCCUAUACUUAUCCUUCAUCCCUCACAUUACUUACACAGUUUCAUAGUGGAGAUAAGCCUUACAAAAGUAAGGAAUGUGGGAAAGCAUUAACUUAUUCCUCAUCCCUCACUGAACAUAUACAGAUGGACAGUGGGGAGAGGCCUUUUGAAUGUAAGGAAUGUGGGAAAGCCUUUCGUUAUUUCUCAGAUCUCACUAGACAUAUAAGAACUCACAGUGGAGAGAAGCCUUAUGAAUGUGAAGAAUGUGGGAAAGCCUUUAGUCAGUCUUCACAUCUCACUGACCAUAUGAGAUCUCACAGAGGAGAGAAACCUUAUGAGUGUAAGGAAUGUGAGAAAACUUUUCGUUAUUUCUCAAACCUCACUAGACAUAGAAAAAUUCAUAGUGGAGAGAAGCUUUACGAAUGUAAGGACUGUGGGAAAUCCUUUAGUUGUUCCUCAAACCUCACUACACAUAUAAGAACUCACAAUGGAGAGAGGCCUUACAAAUGUAAGGAAUGUGGGAAAGCCUUUAGUCGUUCCUCAUCCCUCACUAAACAUAUAAAAACUCACAGUGGAGAAAGGCCUUAUGAUUGUAAGGUAUGUGGCAAAGCCUUUAGUCAGUUGGCACACCUCACUCUCCAUAUAAGAGUUCACACCGGAGAGAAACCUUAUGAAUGUACGGAAUGUGGAAGAGCCUUUAGUCAGUCCUCUCACCUCACUACACAUAUAAGAACUCACAGUGGAGAGAGGCCUUAUGAAUGUAAGGAAUGUGGGAAAGCUUUUAGAUGUUCCUCAUCUUUAACUAAUCAUAUAAGAACUCACAGUGGAGAGAGGCCUUAUGAAUGUAAGGAAUGUGGGAAAGCCUUUAGUAAGUUGGCAAAUCUCUCUCUCCAUUUAAGAGUUCAUACUGGAGAGAAGCCUUAUGAAUGUAUGGAAUGUGGGAAAGCCUUUAGUCAGUUAGCGCACCUCACUGAUCACAUAAGAACUCACAGUGGAGAGAGGCCUUAUGAGUGUAAGGAAUGUGGAAAAGCCUUUAGUCAUUCCUCAUCCCUCACUAACCAUAUACGAACUCACAGUGGAGAGAGGGCGUAUGAAUGUAAGGAAUGUGGGAAAGCAUUUAGUCAGUCCUCAUCCCUAACUAAACAUAUAAGAACUCACAGUAGAGAGAUCCUUUAUAAGUAUAAGGAAUGUGGAAAUGUCUUUAGUUAUUCAUCCUCUCUCUGUAAACAUACUAACUCACAGUGGAGAGAGUCCUUGUGAAUGUAAGGAAUGUGGGAAAGUCUUCAGAUGUCUCUCAGUCUUUGAAACAUAUGCUGCAGAAAACAUAAGUCUAUAUAAUGUUGAAUGGCUUUCAUGCUCUUUUUCCAAACCUGAAAGAAUAUAUGGCAGAGAAAUCAUGUAAGUGUAAAGAAUGGGAAAUAUUUUGUUUUUCUCCCCAUACUUUCAAAAACAUUUGAAUUAAUCCAUAUGGAAAAACCCGUUGCCAUCGAGUCGAUUUCAACUCAUAGCGAUCCUAUAUGACAGAGUAGAAUUGCCCCAUUGCGUUUCCAGGGAGUGGCUUGUGGAUUCGAACUGCUGACCUUUUGGUUAAUAGCUGUUAACUGCUAUACCACCAGGGCUCCCCAUAUGGAAAAGUGUUACCUAAUUAAACUAUGUGAGGAGUUACACUCUAGAGACACCAUGUAAAUGUGAGGUACCUGGGAACAUGUAUACAUUUUUCCAUUCCUGGCAACAUGUGAGCUAUUAUACUGUGAAUUAAUCUUAGGAAUGUAAAAGGUGAUGGAAACUUUCAGUGUCUCCAGAGACCUCACACUGGAGAGACCCGGUGACUGUAAGUGUUGUAAGAAAGCCUUCAAACACAUUCCCCUUUUUGUGCACAAAGAAGUUCAUACCAGGGAAGAAAGUUAUUUAGAUUUACAAAUGUAGAAUUUACAGUAUUGUAGCCCCAUGUGCAUAGAUUUCCACUUUUUUCUGAUGUAAACAUUAAGGUAAAUAUCACUCUAAGUACUCUUCUAAUUCUAAAACAUGAAUUUUCCAUAAGUAGUAGUUGUAUUUUGGUUCAUUUGCAUAAAUUUUUUUCAUUGGAAAAUUUUAUUAACAGGUGUGUUGCGGUGUGUUCCUUAUUUACCAAUUAUGUUAAGAUUUAAUAUUGUUUCAGAGUAUAAAGCAGCCUGUUGUUAUUGUAGAGAACUUUUAUUUUAACAAAAGUGUAUGGUAAAGCAGAAAUCACUUAGAAUUUCACAACGCUUGGUAUUUCAGUAUUUCCUUUCAGCCUUCCUUGUAUGCAAAUCAAUGUUUUUAAUAGAAUCAGGAUUGUACUGUAUGUUUGAUGUUAUAGUGGAUAUAUUUUGCAUUGCAUCUCAUUUAUACUCUUAGGUACCAUCAUGAUCCCUGGAUUACUGAUGAGGAAACAGCAUAGAAAGUUUUAACUCAAAUUCCCACCAUCCCAUGAAAGUGCCCCUCUCUCAAAUGGUUUGAGAACCAAGGUUUGCAUGGAAGGACAGCUCAUUCUUGGACCUGAGGUGAUGGUGGGCCCACACAGAGCCCCAACCUGUCCUACCUGCAGUGAAGCUUCUGUCUUGCACAGGCUCAGAGCCUGUGCUCAGUGACAGGGUACUGGUUUGGUAAUUCUGACUGUCCAAGAGUGUCUGCCGCACCAGGAGCUGAGGCUUUGGGCUGUGCUGGAAUAGUGGCUGCUGCUUCACCUGAUAUGAACACCCACUACAGGGCC